UCCAAGCUAGUGAAGCUCAACAACGGUUCAUAUCUCCCACUCAUGGGAUUGGGCACCUGGGAACUCAGAAAUGCCACCGAAGUGGUCAAAGAAGCCUUGAACAUAGGGUAUCGCCUUAUCGAUACCGCAGUUUUGUACGGUAAUGAGAAGGAGUGUGCUCAGGGCGUGCUGGAAUGGAUGAAGGAGGAUCCGGAGCACAAUAGAAGAGAGCAUGUUUGCUACAUCACCAAGCUGUGGACCAAUCAGCAUGGUUACGAAAAUGCCAAAAAGGCAAUCAAGGGGUGUUUGGAGCAGAUCGAUGGCCUGAAGUAUAUCGACUUGCUUCUGAUUCAUGCUCCAACACAGGGCAAGAAAAUGAGACUUGAAACAUAUCAGGCCAUGCAGGAGGCAGUUGACGAAGGCGUUGUGAAGUCAAUUGGUGUGUCCAACUACGGAAUUGACCAUUUGAAGGAACUUCUAUCCUGGCCAGGUCUCAAGUACAAGCCUGUGGCUAACGAGAUUGAGGUGUCGCCAUGGUGCAUGAGACAGGAGCUCUGCAACUUUUGCAGUGAAAAUGACAUUGCUGUUAUUGCAUUUGCUCCAUUCUCUCAUGCCAAUCGCAUUAAUGAUCCUGAUGCGGUUGCAAUUGCCAAGAAGAAAGGCGUCACACCGGCUCAGGUUCUUGUUAGAUGGUCGGUUCAAAAAGGCUACGUUCCUAUCCCCAAGACUAAGAAUCUAGACAGAUUGGCCACUAACUUCGAUGUCCUUUCUUUUGAACUGUCGGAUGAGGAGAUGAAAACACUUGACCAUCCAGACGUUCACGAUCCUUCCGACUGGGAGGUUACCACAUGUCCAUGACUUUUUGCCCAUCUUACGUAAGCUAUGAUAAAAAAAUUUGACUAAAAUUGCAUUCCAUGUCGGACGGCGAGCUGGGCCUGGAUGGAGGGUUGUUUGAGGAGCCUGAGAAUUUCAGGCCCCCAAAGCCCGAAGCACACUAUCAGAAAUAUACUAGGACCCAUAAGCAGGUGCUUGCCGAAAUAGACGAGAUCAAGCUCCGACUUGUUGGAAAAUCACCGCUUUGGGGCCAUUUGUUGUGGAAUGCGGGGAUUUACACAGCAAAUUAUCUUGAGAAGCAUGCACAGGAGCUUAUCACAGGCAAAACUGUUGUGGAGUUUGGUUCUGCAGCUGCUCUUCCUUCUUUGUUGUGUUCUAUCAACGGUGCUAGAAAAGUGGUAGCUACAGACUAUCCAGAUCCUGAUCUGCUAGAGAAUAUACAAAUCAAUGUGGACAGUCUCGUAGACAAGGAGCUGACCAGUAGGAUCAUCGUGCAAGGGUUUAUUUGGGGGAACGAUACGGAAGAAAUCAAAGCUACACUUGAGAGCACAGCUGACUUAAUCAUUAUGAGUGAUCUAGUUUUCAACCAUUCAGAACAUCACAAGCUGCUCAAAUCUGCAAAAGAGCUAAUCACCCCACUACGAGAUAUCUCGCAGCCCAGAAGUGGCGGGAAGUGUCUUGUUGUUUGGUCCCCACACAGACCCAAGCCGCAGAUGAUGGAAAAUGACUUCCAAUUUUUCACUGACGCUAAGGAGCUGUUUGACUUCGACGUCGAGUUCGUUGAGAUGGUACAUUGGGACCACCCUAUGUUCCCUGAGGAUCCCCCCGAGACAGAGGAGAUCCGUAAGCGAGUGUACUGUUACAUAUUGCAUCCAACCUGGUAACUUCACAGCUUAUGUAAGUUUCCAAAAUAAAUUUUCUCCCCUGUCCAUUU